AUGUUGCAAGAACUCUUCGACAAUUUUAUGUCGACUGGAGAAGCAAUAUGCUCGUCAUGUAAAGAUGACUUGUCUGCAGAUCUUGACUGCAGCGCAAGUUGUACGAUGGAUUCGGACAAGCAAGAACCAAAGAUGUUCUCAUGUGGAUUGAUACUGUGCGCUGACUGUCACCAAGCAACGAGAGAUAAAGAAAACUCAGGAAUACUAUCUUGUCAGCAUCAACCCGGCUGUCAGUCAUCUUUAGUACAAAUAGAUGGACAUUCGGAACACUUUGCAAACUCAACCGAAGACUCUCUUCCCGUCAAAGUGCGAGCCUUGAAAGAAGACAUGCUUGAGCUGCCCGCCAACGACAAAAGCGUCAUAUUCUCUUUCUGGACAUCGACAUUGGACCUUGUUGGCCAAGCCUUUGACGAGAUCGCAAUUUCCUAUGUUCGAAUAGAUGGCACUGUGCCAGCAAAGCAACGCUUCAAAGCCCUCGAAUCUUUACGAACCGACCAAGAUACGCGUGCACUGCUCAUAUCACUUCGAUGCGGCGCCAAUGGGUUGAUACUACCCCACCUUGACCUAGGCAGACUUUUGCUGACUGUGCAUCUCAGUCUCAAUCUGACUUCCGCAAACAAUGUUUUCCUCAUGGAACCGCAAUGGAACCCCAUGCUAGAAGACCAGGCUCUUGAUCGAGUCUACCGCAUCGGACAGACAAAAACAGUCACCACAACUCGAUACAUGGUGAAGGGAACCUUGGAACAGGUACAGCACUAUCUCAAGCACUUAAAUUGA